UUUAUUCUAUCCCUGUGGAGUAGGCUGGUAUUGGGGGUUAUAAUAAACUAUACAACUUUAACUUAGAUAAUUUCCAAUCAUGGAUGAUAUUACAGAAAAAAUAAAGAUACCUUCAAAUGAGCUACGGUUGGAAUCUAUACAGGAGCUUCUUUUAAAAGUGAGGACACAUAGAUCAUCACAAAAUGCAGCAAAGUGGUCGGAGCUAUUACAACUUUUGUGGGCACAUAUAGAAACAAAUCUGCCAAAACUAGACGAUCAACUGCUGUGUGCUACAUGCUUUUAUACUAUUUUAGAAAUAACAAAUGAAAAGGAAAAUUAUUUAAAUAAAGUUUCAGCAUUGAUUACUCAAGAGUUAGAGUUAAGAGUUACAAAUAAUGAAGAUACUUCAAAGGAAUUAAGCUCAUUCAUUGUCUCACAUGAAAAGAAAAAUAGAAAGAUAUUGCAAGUAGUUUCUCUAAUGUAUGGCCUCUUGCAGUCUACAUUUGUAACCAAUACCAUUAAGGAUAUUAUAGAACUGGCUGGCACUCUGAAAUCAAGCAUGGAUUUAUUAAUAGCAAUGGCUUAUGAGUAUUCCAGGUACACAUUUAUUGUUUUUAAGACAAUUAGUUCACUGAAAAAAGUCUGCGGAACAGAAUUACAAGAAAUUGUUUUCAGUCAUAGCAAUUUCAUCAGACUUCUCAAUUUAGUAAACCAUAACUGGGAAAACCCUAUAACUGGCGUAAGAGAUCUAAACAAGUCUAUAUUUCAAAUUCUUGUGUCAUUAAAUGAGAACUUUAGCAAAAUGAUUUUGAAAGAAAUUAAUAACUUUUAUUGGAAUAAAGCUAAGUUUUUAAUGCUCUCAGAAAUAAUAGAACAAAGUAAGGAGAAACUUGUGAAUUUUGUACUAGAGAAUAAUUGGAUUGAUGGCCUCAUCUACAGCCUGUCCAAGCCAGGCCUGGUAUCGGCUGGGGCGGACAUGUACUAUGCAAUUAUAAAAAACCUCAAUACCGAAGAAGAAUGGUGUACUCUAUUUAAAGACAGAAUUAUUUAUGUUCUAAAUGGAGAGCAUAACAAAUCAAUUGAUAACUUCUGUAAUUAUUGGUGUUUGGGCACUUUCAAGAAAUUUCCAGAUUUGCCGUUUAUCCUUAUUGGUGAGCUGCAAAAUUUUGAAGAAUCAGAGUCAAAGUUAUACAGCGGUCUUUGCAUUUUGAAACAAGCAAACAAACUAGGACUUUUGGCAAAAACAUGGGAUACAAAUGAGUAUGGUAUUGUUGAAAAGAUGAUUUUAGCAGGAACAGAACAUUGUAAUCCUUACACUAGAAUGUUGCAAUUUGAAAUUGUUUGUGUAAAACAAGGGAAGGCUCUACCUUCUUCCACUGAGUUCAAUCUCAUCCUAAACUACUUGUCUAAUAAUGUGAACUCUGAUUGCACCGUUUUGAGAAUCAGUAUGUUACGGCAGAUCAAGUGUUUUCUCACAUAUUUGCAUGCUUCAUAUUAUAAUCAUACUAAAAAUCAUCAAAAGUUUGAAGCAAAAGAUCUUAUGAAUUUUUACAAAAGUUUGCAAGAAUUUAUAAUAGAAUCCUUGAAUUUAGAUGGGAAUUAUCAAAGAAAGGUUGCUACUAUAAAACUGUGUGGUAUACUUUUGAGUUCUCUGAAUGAAACACCAAAGAAGAGGCAAAAGGAGAUAAUAAAUUCUGGAGUGGAGAUGACUAAAUUCCUAAAGCAACACGAUUGCUUCCUAUUGUUCCAAGAAAUAAAUCUUGUGAAACUGUUUAGCCUUUUGAAAGACCCAGCGGAAGAUAUCAGAGAGAUUACUGUACAACUUUUGCUCAAUCAUUAUUCUCAACAAAUCACACCUGAUUCACUGGAUUGCUUGAUAAAAGAUGCUCAAGAUUGUAUUAAAAGCAAGUUUUUCUAUCAGAUAUGUUGUGGUCAGAGUAUAUUUAGACUAAUCACAAGUCUUCUAUUGAAAGAAAAUUACACAGACACUGUUUUCAAGAGUGUGGAGGAUGUCUUUGUCUUUGCUUUUGAUGUGUUAAAUAAAGAGUAUGAACUGAAGAGAGAUAUAGUGAAGUCAAUUGAAGAUGGCAAACAGCUUCAUGCCUAUCUGAGCAUUUUGCUUGAAGUGCUCAAAGUUGCUAAACAGAAUUCAUAUGAGGUCAAAAAUUUGAGGGAGUUGAUUCCUCAAUUACUGAAUAUUUUGGAGGAUAUAUCCAACCAGUUUGCGUGGGAGCAGGAGCCAGCCACCAGCUCAGACUUCUCCAAGAUGAGUGACAUGGUGAAGAGUAUCAUAGCUUCGUCGGGGUAUAACCCGCAGGAUGAGAAUGAUCUCGCAAAGAUUACAGGACUUCAGCAGAUUGUUUUGAAUUGCUUAUGGCUGAAUGUUAAGGCGUCCUGCGACUUGGCGUCAUACCUGACGCAAUUGUUCCGUAACGAAGACGCGGCGGCGUGCGGGCGCUGCCUCACGAUAAUCACGCACGUGCUGGAGACGUCGCGACACAAGGGGGCCAUUGAAGCCGCCGGCGCUGCUCUUGGUCGAGCCAUUCAAAAUCUGACGUCCCUCCCCGAAGACUCAGCCCUGUCCUUGCUUCCUCUCUCGCUGCUGAAGUGCAAGCUGACCGAGCUGAUAUCAUCCGCCGCCAUGGCUUCGGUGACGCGACGAGGCGCCGGCCUGUCUAUAAUGGUGCACAGGAUCGUGUCCAGCGAUAUGAAGAAGGGGAAGCCUCUUUUCCACCACUUCAUGGGCACCCUCCUCCAAGUGUGCCACGAGAUACAGUCCCCGGCAGGCGACGACGGCUGCAAGGACGUUCCCGAAGCCAUCUAUAUCCAUUUCCUGACGCGCGUAGUAAUGGACAGCGGACUGGCGUCAGACACCAUGUUCUAUGCCGCUGAGCUGGCUGCGGUGGCUUUUGAUAACUUGACCAGCACGCAUUGGCAGAUAAGAAACGCAGCCCUCCAGUUAUACGGUGCCCUGAUCCCAAAGCUCAUUGGGCAGAAGAAAGCCUCGGGAUCUGACGACGAGACGGUUGCUACCGUCGCCUGCGACGAAUUUCGCACCCACUCGCCUCAGUUAUGGCGUCGUAUGGUACUCUGCCUUACCACCAUAGACGCUACCAAUCAGGUCCAGUCACAUUCCAACCUCAUGCCAAUCCUAAACGUCCUCGCCAACCUUGCUAGAAGAUACAACUUCCAAUCUGAUACAAGUGAUGAAAAAGAACUGCUCCUACCAUUAAUGGCAUUACUGGGCAGCCCUAUUUAUACCGUGAGGAGACUGACUGCCAAAAGCAUUUUCAAUAUAUUCCAGUUUGAAAGUAUACACGAUAUUGUUAUGAAACAAGAAAAUGUUACUGAAAAUUUUCUUCAUGGAAGCCUGCUUCUGGUUGGAAAUUACAUGAAAUACUCAUCGAACCUUAACUCAGCUAAGUUUAAUCAAUUGAAAGAUAAGUUUAAGAAAAUAUUGGAUAAAGAAAACCAUUCUUAUGUGAGUAAACGAGAAUUUGAUGAGCUGUGGAGUCAUGAAUAUAUCAAAGGUGAAGUGAAAGAUGUUGUAGAGGAAGCUAAAAGGAAUAGAUAUUCCCCAGGAGUAUUCCACUGGGCAAACAGCAAAAUAAAAAGACACAUUGAAGUAUGUCCAUGGGAAGACAUUCCAGAUGUUUUAAAAAUACUCUUGCAAGAGAGUGACUAUGAGAACUAUUGUGAGUUUAUUUUAAUUAAAAUGGAAACAAAUAAUGACAUACCAAGACAAAUACUUUUGGAAAUCGGCAAAAUACUUGAGGCAUUCCCAAAUAAGUUUAAAAGCUGUGUGAUUUGGAAAAUUUUCUACUUUAUAUCAACAGGAGUAGAUUUAGGUGAUGCCAUAGAUACAGUAAGCAUUUUUAAUUAUUUGGAAACUUCAGGUGUUUCCUACAGAACAAGAUAUAUUCUACCAUUCCUGUCAAGUUUGUGCGGCAAACUUCCUGAAAAUCACUUAAUUCGUUUAGCGAUUAUUAUAUUCUCUCUCUGUGAUCCUGACACUUCAGAUGUUGAUAUGAGGUACAUAGCCUCCCUGGCCAAUAAUGAAGUAGCAAAGGCUUUUUCCAAUAUACCAGACUCAGUGAGGAUAACAUCUAUAAAAUGCGCUUAUGUGCUGCUGCAAGAUGAAGAUGAAGAUGUGAGGAUGCUGAACAUCAAGUUUUACUCAAAUAUUAAAAAAGAUAACAACUUGCUCCAUCCUUAUGUAUGUUGGAUGAAAAUCUUAGAAAAAAGCUUCUUGCAAGAAAUUUUAGACAACCCAGAAACUGGAAUUAAUACCAUUCAUGAAGAAUUGUCAGAAGUUGUAGCAAGUUAUGCAAAAUCAAAUGUAAUCGAUGAGUACAAUCCAUUCGCAAAUGAUUCCAAAAAUAUUUAUUUUGAACUACAAGUUGUAAGGCAACAAUUGCAAAAGCUGAAGUGAAGGUUACUUUUAAAUAAAGAUUAUUUAUAUUUAAUUCACAUCAUUUUAUUGUAGAUUUAAAUAAUACCUUAAAUAACUAUUUACAAAAAUAUACCAAAAAACUCAUGAAAUGAUUGUCUUUUGCACACACAUCAGUGGAUCUUUUCUUCAGACACAUAAUAAAUUGUUGUUUGGCAUAAAAAACUGAAGGUAUUUUAAAAUUAUUUUAUCAUGAACUUACUACUAUCAGUGAUAAUUUUACAGAGAGCGUCAGGCUUCAUACAUACAAAUAGGGAAAUGUAUUCUUGAAAUAGUCAACUUUUGAUAAGCAAGGCCAAGGAAAACAAGAUCUUUAUGUCAAGAAUAACUAAAAUCAGAUCAAACUGUUUAGUGGUCUGAUACUGAUGUUGUGUGUCCUGCCAGUGUGUAGAUGGGAUAUGGGAGGAAAUUAUAUUCCCAUUGCCUUUGGAAUUAUCCAGACCAUAAAUAUCCCAA